CCUUGCCGGAUCAGGAAGUAGUCUUGGAAUUUCUUGGAAGAGCUUUUGGUAAGCAGUGGCUGAAAUUAGCUGUUCUGUGUCAGCGGGUUGAUUUUUCUUUGUUCCAGAGCAAUUCGCAAUCGUAAACCAGUGUCCCAGAGGCAGAGCCUAGUAUCGGACAAGAAGCACAAAGCCACCAUGUCGUCAACAUCACAAAAGCACAGGGAUUUUGUCGCUGAGCCCAUGGGGGAGAAGUCAGUGAGGGCAUUGGCUGGAAUUGGGGAGGUGUUGGGUGAGAGGCUAGCAGAGAAGGGCUUUGACAAGGCAUAUGUGGUCCUGGGGCAAUUCCUAGUACUGAAGAAGGAUGAGGAACUGUUCCAGGAUUGGCUGAAACACGUGUGUUGUGCCAACUCCAAGCAGCAGAGAGAUUGCUAUGGCUGCCUGCAGGAGUGGUGUGACUCCUUUCUGUAGUACUCUGCCCCAAAAUCUUGCAUCAGCACUGUGUCUGUGGUUACACAGAAUCAAACAAGUGUCCUCACUGUUCUCUCUCCCUCUCCUGUAUUCACAUGUCUGUUUACAGUUUACGUGUCCCAACUCACACCCAUGUUGCAUGAUCUGUUUAUACAAUGUGCAUUUUAAUGCGCUGUGAACUGGCUUAAGUCAAAUUUGACAUGCAUGCUAAUCUUUAAGCGCUAGCCAAUUGACAAUAGCAGUUUGCAACAGUUGUAGUAUCAGUCCCUAAAAAUGAAAAACACUUUUUGUGGUGCUUGGCCAGGUCUUUUAUUAGUGGGUGAGUCAGAUGUGAUUGGGGUUCAGCUUGUAUAUCUCUCUCCAUACCUCUAUAAUGACAUGUAUUUUGGAAGGAAGAGGGAACUUUCUUUUUCUGCUGCAAUGUAUACAUUUUGCCAUGUGAAAUCUAUUCAUAUAGUGAAGUCUACUCCUUUUACAGAAAAUGUCUUUAUAAAAUUGUAUAUUUUCAUAUAAGGUGACUACUGGGAGUCAUAUAAGGACAUGAGCAAGUUUGACGAGCGUAUCUUGCGUAUCAUUUGUCUGUUUAAUUUUUAAAUUGUUUUCACCUAAUUACAUUUGAAGCUAAACGGAUUUUUUUUAACUUGAUGUCAAAUCUUUGUCAUUUUACAUCUUCGUUCCUUGCCCUUGUUUUUGUGUGAAUUGUGCCUGCAAACUACAACACUGCACAAGUUGGAAUUAUGGUUUUAUCAUUUUAAUGCAACACUUAACAAUUUCAGCUGCAAAAAUCCUCUUGCUGUAUAUUUAAAUGGUCAAUCCAUUCUGGAUGUGGACUGUCAUUCUUAAAGAUGGUAAUGGGGAUGGGAAUAUUUUCUGCUGUCAUGAAUGUUCUAAAAAUUCUAAACCUUGUGAAAUGGUUUCUUUUUUUAAAAUUGUGCCCUGCAUCACAGAAUAUGUCCUGUAAUUUCUAUUUUUAAAGAAUCGUUUGCAAUAAAAUUAAAUGAAAUGGG